UGUAAGGACCUCUUGGCUCUCAAGAUGGCGUCCGACGAGGAACACGUUCACGUUUCAGAUGAAUCUGAACCAAAACCAAAGUCAAAAACGAAGAAACCCAAAGAACCUGGCAUAAUAUUCCUUAGUAGAAUCCCAAUGAUGAUGAACGUUACAACGAUCCGAAGUAUUUUUUGCCAGUAUGGGGAAAUAGGAAAGAUUUUCUUACAGCCAGACACCAAAGCCCACAAGCGAGGGAAGAAAGUGAGGUGUUUCAGUGAAGGUUGGGUGGAGUUCGAGGACAAGAGGAAGGCGAAGAAAGUGGCAGCCAACCUAAACAACCAGCAGAUAGGAGGCAAAAGGAAACAUCCAUGGUUUGAAGAAAUCUGGAACAUCAAAUAUUUGUCUAAAUUCAAAUGGGCACAUCUCAAUGAAAGACUGGCCUAUGAGAAGGCAGCCCAUGAACAAAGAAUGAGGACAGAGAUCUCUCAGGUGAAACGUGAAGCUGACUUCCAUAAACAGAAUUUCGAAAAGAGUAGAAUGUUGAAAGACAUUGAGCAGAGGAAACGGAAACAGGGAGAGACGUUUGAGGUGCAGAAUUUUAAAUUCAAACUGAGAGACACUGAAGAUGAGAUUUUGGCAAAGAAACAAAAACUUGGAAGUGAAAAGAAGCCAGAACGACUUAGUGCAAAAGCUGCUGGGUCAAGCAAGUCAUUCCUUUCCAGUUUGUUCUCAGGUGGGGGGAAGAUGAAAGAUGAGGAUGAAUAAAACAAGAAUAAAACAUG